CCUGCGAAAAGUUGGUGAAAGUGGCCUGACGUCACACUCCCACAAUGCUCGCGCGCCCCAUAACUCUGCUGCUGCAGCCUGAGGAGCGCGAGACUCUCAGGCCCCGAAAAAAGAAAAAUUAGAGAAAAAAAUUGGGAAAAAAUAAUAAAACAACAGAUCAAGAGGUGAAAGACCGGGAACGGUGGUGUGGGGCUCCCACGGGUGAAGAUAAUGAUGAGCACUAUCGUCAUCUACUCGGCCUCAGUCAUGGCAGGUGGGACUGGAUGAGAGUGUGAAGCAGACAAUUUAGGAGCCUGCAUCCCCUUAAACGUCGCUGCGAUAUCGAACCAGAGCCUGGAAGGCAGGGCAGCCACGGCCGAGUUUCAAUGGCAACGGCACCCUAGGGCUGCCAUGGCAGCAUCUGCCGCCGAUGCCCCACACCAUAUUGCCACACUGACGCUGGAGGACAAGGAACGACGAGGCGCCACCAAAGUGUUUGGAGGUCCCGCUGCAGGGAGGACGGAAAGAGAGACAGAGAACAAAAAAGAGAGGGAAGGGAAAGGCAGUGGGAACGAGUGUUUGGUGUGCGGUGCCCUCUUCAGCUCACAGGAUAAGCUCCGGCUCCACGCGUUCUGUCACACAGGAGAGAAACCUUUCCACUGUUCCCAGCCCCAUUGCCCUAAGGCUUUCAGCUCCAAAUAUAAGCUCUUUAGGCAUAUGGCCACACACUCCCCACAGAAGACUCAUCAGUGCUCAUUUUGUGAAAAGAUGUUUCACCGCAAAGAUCACCUGAAAAACCAUCUGCAGACUCACGACCCCAAUAAAGAGGCCUUUAAGUGCGAAGAGUGUGGCAAACACUAUAACACAAAGCUGGGCUACAAGCGCCACAUGGCCAUGCACUCAGCCACAGCCGGUGAUCUUACCUGUAAGGUGUGCUUGCAAAGCUAUGAGAGCACGCCUGCACUCUUGGAGCACCUCAAGAGCCACUCAGGCAAGUCUUCAGGCGGUACCAAGGAGAAGAAACACCCCUGUGACCACUGUGAUCGUCGCUUUUACACACGAAAAGAUGUUCGCCGACACAUGGUGGUACACACGGGACGCAAAGACUUCCUGUGCCAGUACUGUGCCCAACGUUUCGGGCGGAAGGACCAUCUGACGCGUCAUGUCAAGAAGAGCCACUCACAGGAGUUUCUGAAGAUCAAGACAGAGUCCCCAGAUAUGUUGGGUUUACUUGGGUCUGGGUCUCCACCUUGUGCUGUGAAAGAAGAAAUAAGCCCUAUGAUGUGCAGCAUGGGACCUACCAAGGACUCAAUGAUGGCAAAGUCUUUCCAUGGUGCCACCCCUUUUCCCAUGGGCAUGUACAACCCUCAUCCUCUCCAGGCCAUGUCCAAUCCGGGAGUGGGCCACCAUCACUCACUGGUUCCAGGGUCUUUAUCCACUGCCAUGGGAAUGGGUUGCCAUAUGGAGCCCCCAUCAUCACUGCACCACCAUCACCCACAUCAUCAUCACCAUCACCACCCUCACCAUCAUCACCACUCCCCACCUCCACAUCAGCAGCAGCCUCCCCUACAAAAUCAGCAACAGCAGCACCCUCAGCCACUGCCCAAGUACCAGCUCGGAUCUACCUCAUACCUGAUGGACAAGCCCCUGAAGGUGGAGAUGGAGAGUUUCCUGAUGGAUCUACAGAGUGGACUCCAGGUUCCUCCGCCACCCUCAGCCAACCCCCACUCAGCAGCUUCACCCAAUAAGGAGGGUAUGGAACCUCCGGCAGGAUUGUCGGAUGACCUUUGCGGGGACCCACUCAUGUCCAAGAGCCCCGCUGUCAUUGCUGAGUCUUUGUGUGCUGCUAACAUGGAUUUUUCUCAUCUGCUGGGAUUUCUUCCACUCAAUCUGCCACCCUACAGUGCCCCCAUGAGUUCAGGAGGACUGGUGAUGGGUUAUUCCACGCCCUCCACCAUUUCUUCUUCCUCAUCAUCGUCAGCAUCUUCGCAUGCUGCCGAACCACAUGCUGCCACAGCUGCAGUGCCUCUUACCUCUUUGCAACCUCAACCUCAGGAGCAACCAGGCUCCGGUGGGGGUCUCGGUCUUGGGUCUCUGCACCCACUCCCACCAGUGUUCAGCUCUAGCCUCAGUAUGACCACUCUGCCUCGCUUUCACCAGGCCUUUCAAUGAGGUCCCCACCCCAACCUGGCCUGCCACAGGGCCUCAGGGCAAAGGAGCAUUAGUGCUCCACCUAGGGGUGGGGAGGUAGAACACUUGAACACAUAGAAUCCUUAACAAAAAGCGCACAACAGCUUUUUAAUGAGCCUGGAGGAAAACAAGCAUAUUAUUUAGGCUGUCUGAAUUUUAGCUAUGAUUUUUGAAUACACUUUUGAACCUCUCCCACCAUCCCCUCUCCUACAAUUUUGUAGUUAGACAGCAGCAUCAGUAGGCCGUAAGGCAUGGUACUGCAUACUU